UCCAGUUGUCAUGCAGAUGAUGAGGCUGUGAUUGAUGAAUUGCAAAUCCUGGCUACUGUUCCCAAAGAAAGACGUUUCUCACUACCAUUCCAAUGCGCUGGAGAUCCCAGACAGAAAAUGGCAGCCACCAAAGCGCCGAGGGGAGUCCUUCCAGUCCUUUCUGUCCCGGCUCCUAGUUUUUUUCCAUGAUGGCCUGCAACAGUUCCAGCCCUGAGACCUACCAGUACUUGCUGCUGAACGGGAGCAAUGUGUCGGACUCUGGGGUCACCACACCCCCCACCCCCCUCAGGAUAUCCUUGGCGAUAAUCAUGAUGCUGAUGAUCGUGGUGGGAUUCCUUGGCAAUGCCGUGGUCUGCAUCAUCGUAUAUCAGCGGCCAGCCAUGCGCUCCGCCAUCAACCUGUUGCUGGCCACGCUGGCCUUCUGCGACAUCAUGCUGUCCUUAUGCUGCAUGCCCUUCACCGCCGUCACCCUGAUCACGGUCCACUGGCACUUCGGGGACUACUUCUGCCGCCUCUCGGCCACCCUGUACUGGUUUUUUGUCCUGGAGGGCGUGGCCAUCCUGCUCAUCAUCAGCGUGGACCGCUUCCUCAUCAUCGUCCAACGGCAGGACAGGCUGAACCCGCGGCGGGCCAAGAGGAUCAUCGCCGUCUCCUGGGCGCUGUCGUUCUGCGCGUCCGCGCCCUCGCUCGCAGGCCGGACGUUCGUGGAGGUGCCGGCGCGCGCCCCCCAGUGCGUGCUGGGCUACACGGAGUUCCCGGCGGAGCGCGCCUACGUGGUAGCACUGGUGGUGGCCGUGUUCUUCGUGCCCUUCGGCGUCAUGCUGUGCUCCUCCCUGUGCAUCCUGCACACGGUCCGCAAGAACGCCAUCCGCGUGCACAACCGGUCCGACAGCCUGGACCUCAGACAGCUCACCAGGGCCGGCCUGCGGCGGCUGCAGCGGCAACAGCAGGUCAGCCUGGACUUGAGCUUCAAGACCAAGGCCUGCACCACCAUCCUGAUCCUCUUCGUGGGCUUCUCGCUCUGCUGGCUGCCGCACUCCGUCUACAGCCUUCUGUCGGUGUUCAGCCGGGGCUUCUACUGCAGCUCCUCUUUCUACACCACCAGCUCCUGCGUCCUGUGGCUCAGCUACCUCAAGUCCGUCUUCAACCCCAUCGUCUACUGCUGGAGAAUCAAAAAAUUCCGCGAGGCCUGCAUUGAGUUGCUGCCCCAGACCGUCCAAAUCCUCCCCAAAGUGCCUGAGCGGAUCCGGAGGAGAAUCCAGCCGAGCACGGUCUACGUGUGCAAUGAAAACCAGUCCGCCGUUUAGGACACAGGCAGGGGGAGGACGGGGACUGGUUCCAGGGCAGAGUUCACGCGUCCUUCUGCUCCGCGUCCUGGCGCCUUUGCGGUUGGUAGUCAGCAUUUUUGGCGGCCCUCCCUGUAAGCACAAAGGUACCAUUUGUUACCGGAUAGGUGGCGGCUCCCAGGUCUGCAAGACGAAUUAUUUUUGUUCCUUGCUGGAGAAGAGCCGUAUUGGGGUCUGAAGGAAACUGGAAGGUCGUUGAGACAA